AUGAGCUCAUCCACGCGCGGACAGCACGACGCGGGCGCUCCCGAGCCUGCCAGCACCGGCUUGACAGCGCUGUUCCUGUCAAGACCUCUUCGUAGAGCGGGUGGGCAUAUACACCGUCGCUGCCUACGCUACGCUCUGCCAUCAGUACACCGGCCGUCUGCUUGUCACUCUGUACGCACAAUCACUACCCCCAUCAUGCCCGCUUCGACCGAUACGGAGCUCAUAGGAGCCAUCGACUGCGGAACGACUUCGUCUCGCUUCUUCAUCUUCGACAGCGUAGCCAAUGUCGUCGCACAACACCAGCUCGAAUUCGAACAGAUCUUUCCCCAUCCCGGUUGGAUGGAAGAGCGAGCCGAAGACUUGCUCAGCUCGAUCGAAACGUGUAUUGUGGGCGCCUUGAAGCAGCUCGAAGAACGCGGCUACUCAAAGUCAAACAUCAAAGGUAUCGGCAUCACCAAUCAGCGCGAGACUACCGUCGUCUGGUCAAAGAUGACCGGCAAAGCGUUGCACCAUGCCAUCGCUUGGCCAGACACUCGCAAUACCUCAACAGUCCGUAAGCUCGCUGCAAAGUCAGACAAGGGCGUCUCUGCCCUUCGCGAAAAGACCGGCUUGCCCAUCUCAACUUAUUUCGCCGGCGUCAAGUUGAGAUGGCUGCUGGACAAUGUAAAGGAAGUCAGAGAAGCUCACGAUAGCGGUGAUCUUAUGUUCGGUACAGUGGACACUUGGCUUCUGUGGGCAAGCCUCUUCCCUAACUAUACCGGCGGGCUCAAGGGUGGUCUGCAUCUGACAGACGUCACCAAUGCCUCCCGCACAAUGUUUAUGGACUUGCGCAAGCUAGCUUGGGAUGACUCACUUCUCGAAUUCUUUGGCGUCAAGCGAGAGAUCCUGCCCGAGAUUGUAUCGAAUUCCGAAAUCUACGGCAAAUUUACAAGCGGACCCUUGGAAGGAAUGCCUAUUGCUGGUAUCGUGGGCGAUCAGCAGGCUGCCCUCAUUGGUAACAAGUGCCUCAGCAAAGGUGACGCGAAGAACACCUAUGGCACCGGCUGCUUCCUCUUGUACAACACAGGCGAUACCCCUGUCUUCUCCGAACAUGGCUUGCUGUCCACACCGGCUUACAAAGCUGGGCCAAAUGCAAAGCCGGUCUACGCGCUCGAAGGGUCCAUUGCAGUCGGCGGAAGCUCCGUCAAAUGGGUGCGCGACAACUUGGGCCUCAUCAAAGAAUCGCAAGAGAUUGGCGAUUUGGCAGGCCAGGUCAAAGACACAGGCGGCGUUUACUUUGUUACCGGCCUCAGUGGACUCUUCGCGCCAUAUUGGGAUGACACCGCGACGGGCAUGAUCAUCGGAUUGACGGGGUACACCACAAAGUGCCAUAUUGCACGCGCGACUCUGGAGGCGACAUGCUUCCAGACUAAAGCCAUUCUCGAUGCGAUGCUUAAGGACUCAAAACAUCAUAUCGAGAUUCUCAAAGUCGACGGCGGUAUGACGAACAGCGAUGUAGCGAUGCAGCUCCAAGCUGAUAUUCUCGGCAUCGAGGUCGAACGAUCCGAAAUGCGAGAAUCAACUGCACUCGGGUCUGCGCUCAUGGCGGGAUCUGCACUCGGACUGUUCGGCUGGGAUGUAAGCAAGCCAGAGACGCUGGCAAAAGUCAAUACCCAAGGCAAUCGUUUCUUCAAGCCAACGACGACAGAGCAAGAUCGCAAGGACCGCUAUGCAGGGUGGAACCGAGCCAUCGAGAGGAGCAAAGGAUGGAAUGUCGAUGCGAGCGAAAGGGAGGAUGUUGGUGAUCCGACUGAUCCAAAGGUAGCAAAGGGCGGCUGA